UGUAAAUAGAAGUUUAUUUGUAAUCUUGACUAACACACAUCGCUGUGCAUAUUGCAAUACAACAAGGAAAUCAAAGUACAUGUACACUCGUCCUUUUGGUUACGUAAACCUUACUGACAUUGUACCAGAAUGAUGGUAUGACGGUAAAUAGUGCACAUGUACAUCCUUUCAUCCUUUGAUUACUUAUUCUUUACUUAAAUGUAUCAAACUUCUAACCACAUAAAACAUACACAAUCUUUUAUCCUUUGGUAACCCAAGCUAAACUUAGCAUACUUACAAACAUGAAUGUAUGGUGGUACACAACGAACUCUUACACUGAUAUUAUAUAACAAGUCAAUAGGGUGUAUUCCACUCAGUUUUUAUUGUUAUUUGAACAAGUUUCACAAGUUUCUAAAACCACGGUAGCCAUCUUGGAUUUCUUGUUGGGCCUUACAAUUACAAUAACAACACAGUACACUUGGUAGGGCAAUAUAAGAGAAAUACUUCUGGGUCCAACCCACUACUCUCAGGGUGAACCCACUUCUUAAUAUCUAACUUUGAAUUAUCAUAUCAAGAAAUGUUUCAUCCCUAAAAAGGUUAAAAUCCCUUCAUUAGUAUUUAACUACUUUUUUCAGUGUUGCUCAAGGUAGCAUGCAGACCAUUGAUGAUCAUUCUGAUAAAGAAUACUGACAAAUGAGUUCAAUUCUGAUAAAGCAUGCUGGCCAGUGAGGUUUACUGUAAUAAAGCAUGCUGGCCAAUGAGGUUUACUGUAGUAAAGCAUGCUGGUCAAUGAGGUUUACUGUAAUAAAGCAUGCUGGCCAGUGAUGAUUACUGUAAUAAAAGCAUGCUGGCCAAUGGGGUUCACUGUAAUAAAGCGUGCAGACCCAUGAGGUUUUCUGUAAUAAAGCAUGCUGGCCAAUGGGGUUCACUGUAAUAGUGUGCAGACCAAUGAGGUUUUCUGUAAGGGCCAAUGGUGUUCACUUUAAUAGAGCGUGCUGACCAAUGAGAUUUACUGUAAUAGAGCAUGCAGGCCAAUGGGGUUCACUGUUAUAAAGCAUGCUGGCCAAUGGGGUUCACUGUUAUAAAGCAUGCUGGCCAAUGGGGUUCACUGUUAUAAAGCAUGUAGACCAAUGGUGUUCGCAGUAAUAAAGCAUGCUGGCCAAUGGGGUUCACUGUUAUAAAGCAUGCAGACCAAUGGAGUUCACUGUUAUAAAGCAUGCAGACCAAUGAGGUUCACUGUUAUAAAAGCAUGCAGACCAACGAGGUUUAAAUGUACCAAGACUACACACUAGAUUCACCAAGCACUUUGAACACAACAUAAAAUAUCCAUUCAGCAGCUGAUAUUGGUUACUAAGAGUCAAGUACAUGACAACACUUAAUGCAUACUGUAUUAAAUACACCAUAAACAAUCCAUGUAUGUACUUAGUACUGACCAUGUUUACACAAAUAGGUAUUUCUAGUAAUGACCCCAAUGCUUAAAGUUUGUAUAACAAUGAGGCAGGCUUAAUUUCUGAACAGGUAUCAUCAGUAAAUACAGAAUUACACAUACCAGGGCCUGUCUUCAUGAAACCGUUCUCAUGUUCAAACCCAGAGUCUGUGCUCAAGCCAACUUUCUUUCUUCAACUUUUCUGUAAUACAUUUUCUGUAAUAAUUUACGGUGUUUACACUAGAAUUUUUGACCAUGUUACAUGAUUGAAGAAAGUGGGCUUGAGUAUGAGAACGGUUUCAUGAACACGGACCCAUCAUUACACACUUAUAUCACAGCUCAAACCUAUCGGUGUAUUAGACCUUACAAACAGAAUGGUUGGUUGUUGUGUAAACAAUUGGUGUUUUGUAGACAUGAAAAGAUCGAUAAUCUCUGGUUUAAGUGAAAUUUACAACAGUGUCUUUCAUCAUCGGCAUGCACACCAUGUAAACAGAUACAAAUCCUAUCACAGAGCAAUAUUACAGAUACUUCAUAUACUCACAUGUAGAACAUCAGAUCAAUAAUAAGUAAGUUUAUAUCAAAUAUUCACAUUUAACCAGCUAACUUCUUUAUUGCCUUUUUUUAAUGGUUAAUGUUUCAAGUCAGAUUAUUCAACUUUAAUAUCCGAUAUGAAAUACCACUGUUAGUAACUAAAAUGUUCAGUCUUUUAGAAUGUUAGUAUGGAAUGUUAUGAAGCAUUAAAUAUAAUAGUUUCAAAGCUUAACUAUUGAUUUGCAGUUUAGGGUGAUCUUGGUUAGUCCAAUGCCCUGUUGUACUCUGCCAGGUCAGUGUGGUACAUUACAGUGAAACUAACCAAGCAGAACAAAACUGAUACAGGAGGUAUUACCAAACGGCAAAUCAGUAAGUAUGGCAAGUAUUUCAUAAACAUCAACAUUAAGAUAUUGAUCUGUAUAGCAUUAUUUUAGUUUAAUUCUGAUAAGCCAAUUCCAGGGGAAAAUUGGAUAAUUAGGCUUGUAUCCUAAUUGAAAUUUACAAUUUACAUGUUUAUAUAUAUUACAUUUCUACUUUAAGUCCCUACAUAAGUGCUAACUAAUUGUAGUUUAAUCAUUAUUUAAUGAUUUUACUAACUUUUCCCAAAUUAAUAUCAUAAAAGGUCGUAUUUUUCUGAAGUUACUGCUGUACAGUUCUUAAAAAAGUAAGAUGAGUAAAAAUCCAUACUUUACUGCAAAAAAAAGGAAGUAGCAACAAGAAUAUUCUGAUUAUACAGCAGUGAAGUGAGAUAAAAACAGAAAACGCUGAAUUUAAAACAAAGAAUGCGGCAGAGGACUUGAAUGACAGAACAAUAAAUCUAUAAUACAUAACAAAAACAUUUAACAUGUCAAAAUAAUUAAAGUUUUAACUUAAACAAAACAUUUCAAUGAACAAGAUAACAAAUCUCAAUUCUAUAACCAAUACUGAAAUACUAAAACAAUCCUGGUUUUACAUCAAAUCUUAAUUUACACCUAAUGUUGGUUGUUACAGAGUUCUUCAUCAAAUGUGUUUAAACUUGGCAAGCAGUACUGAAAAACAUCAAUAUGUAAUGGUCAUCUUUAACCAUAGUCCCUCCUAUUCCAUAUCUACACCCCAAAGCUCUAACAAUUAUGGCUGAUUUAAAAACACCUUCUUCCAAUAACUAACAUUAAAUUAUUACACCUGGAUGUGGUACCUUUUGUUAUCCUAAGAAUGCAAUUUUUGAUAUUGAAACAGAAUUUGUUCCAAUUGUUUUUGAACAAACUGAGGUAUAUACUGGGUAUCUUCUAGGUCAUCAGGAAGCACUUCUCAAUCAAAGCCUAAUUAUUUGUAACAUUUAGAAUUUCCUUACUAUAAAUACUCACAACUGAUGUGUUUUAGCUUCAAUGAUAUUUGCUAAAUACCUUAAAAAACCAGACAGACAGAUGACUGAACCAUAGAGGCUAAACAUUACAACACGACAUACAGCCACUUGGACCAUAGAGGCUAAACACUACAACACGUCAUACAGCCACUUGGACCAUAGAGGCUAAACACUACAACACGUCAUACAGCCACUUGGACCAUAGAGGCUAAACACUACAACACGUCAUACAGCCACUUGGACCAUAGAGGCUAAACACUACAACACGUCAUACAGCCACUUGGACCAUAGAGGCUAAACACUACAACACGUCAUACAGCCACUUGGACCAUAGAGGCUAAACACUACAACACGUCAUACAGCCACUUGGACCAUGUCUCUGCAGGGUUUCUGUGUUUGGUUUGAAGAUUCAAAAACAAUAUGUACCAUAAAACACAUGAUGAGUCAGCAGUUGACUGGCUUUAUACAAAGUAACAAAUGGUCCCCAAAACACAUAUGAAAUAAUGCAUGCUCCCCCUCAUAAAGUCAUACACUCUCAGGUAGGUAUUCAGUUUUUAUUCCAAUAUGACAACACUAAACGGUACCUGUUUGGUAUUCCCACAAUGACAUAUAAAAAGGACAGAACAGACUGGUUUUCUGAAAACCUCAGUGCAUCAUAACAAUAAUUUUACAGCACUGUAAUGUACAUAUAAUAAUUAACGUCAUAUUCAUCUUACAAACAAUUAUCUUAUUUACAUAAUGACCUCCUCAUCAGACUAUGGUGCUAUAACAUACACACAUUAAAUCUACGGUAUUCAGCAUUCAUUCUCAAUCAAAAAUUCUUUACACGCUACCUAAUCUGGAAUUCCCACACAAUGACACUGUAACAAAUACAGAAAAAGUUUACACACUGCACCAUAAUAAUCUUACAGCACUUAUGUACAUAAAAUGACUAACACCAUACUUACAUGUCCAUGUUACAAACAGUUUUACAACGUGACCUUGAUACCAGACUUUGGUGAAAACAUCUGACUGAUCAUGUGACACAUCACAUGAUUCAUCACAUGACACAUUUUGAGAGAGGUCAGUCUCUUUGGAACUUGACACCUAAUAACUGUCAUCAUUUUAUUGAAAUCAUUAAAGAAACCUAGUGACAAUAUCAGGACAUAAAUAUCACACAUAGAGACAUGGACAUAUAAAUAACAAAGAUCAGGAGACAUCUGAACACAAGUUCGUUCAAAUACAUCACUGUCAGCAAACUGUAACACCACAUUGGCAAUGAACAACAGUAAACAUCAUUAAUUUACCAGUUAUCAUACCUUGGUGUUUUUUUGUACUACUUAGUUAAAAAGCACUAAUUUAUGAUAACUGCUAAAUAGUAAUAACUAUAUUCCUUGAAGUUAUUAAAAAGAUUUUGUGCUAAAUCAUGAUGCAUUGUCGCUGUGGAGAGGAAAUUCAGUAUUCUAAUUUACGAGUGUAAUGUGUUUGGUGUUUGCAUGCAUGUACAAUCACACCAAUUUUCUGAACUAGUUCUGUCUAUAUUGAACUGGAAACAACAGGAGCACUUGGUUGAUCUUUAUAUUUAAACACUUAGAUUUGUUUCCUGGCAGUGACAGUACAAAGAUUUGUUUCCUGGCAGUGACAGUACAAAUGUACAGAAUACUACAUAUACCGUUAACUUACUCAAUGUUGAAACUGUUCAAUAUUUUCUGAGGAUCAGUAUUACUACAGACCACAUAGCACAAGUUUCCUGGUAUGUUGUGUCCUGAAGGGUGACAUUCUGUGAAACUGGCAAGAUCGUUUUGUGUCCCUAGACACAGUUGAGAUCAUUCCACAUAUAAUUAUCCCUAUAUUCUAAAUCCAUGUAAAAUCACUGACAUGCAAUAUUCUGGGACAUACUGAAAGUCUGUUGUAGUUCAGUAAUAUCUACAUUGCUAUACACAAUAUACACUGACUAUAAUGCUAUUCAGUUGACGUGUACUGGUAUACACUUAACUGGUAUACACUUAUCCAGAUUGCAGAUAAUUAAUUGCUAUUCAAAUUGCACGCAAGUCCUUAAAAGAUUUCUACAUCUCCUCCAAGGUAAUUGUCAGUGUAACACAAGAGCUUAACUUUGCCUAGGAGAUCCAUCAGGAGCUUCACCUCCUAAAGAAGGUCCGUCAGAUGUCUAUGAAACACAGAAGCUGAUCAGCCUCGUCCAGGGGGUCAAUCAGGAGCUUCACCUCCGAAAGAAGGUCUGUCAGAUGUCGGUGUAACACAGAGCCUCGUCCAGGAUGUCCACCAGUUGAGCUGUGUAACACAGGAGCUUCACCUCCUAAAGGUUUGUAAUACAUGAGCUUAACUUUGCCCAGGAGAUCCACCAGGAGCUUCACCUCCUAAAGAAGGUCCGUCAGAGGUCGAUGAAACACAGAGACUCGUCAAGGAUGUCCAUCACUUGAGCUGUGUAACACAGGAGCUUCGUCUCCUAAAGGUUUGUCAGGUGUCGGUGCAAUACACAAGUUGAGCCUGUCAGUGUAACACAAGAGCUAAACUUUGCCCAGGAGAUUCAUCAGGAGCUUCACCUCCCAAAGAAGGUCUGUCAAAUGUCAAUGAAACACAGAGACUCGUCCAGGGUAUCAAUCAGGUGAGCUGUGUAAGACCAGAGCUUCGUCUUCGAAAGGUUUGUCAGGUGUCAGUAUAAUACAUAAGUUAUGCAUGUCAGUGUAACACAAGCUUAGCUUUGCCCAGGAGAUCCAUUACCUGUCAGUGAAACUUAGAAGCUUCACCUCCCAAAGAAGGUCCGUCAAGUGUCAGUGUAAUACACAAGUUACACCUGUCAGUGUAAUACAAUUGCUAAGCUUCGUCCAGGACGUCCAUCAGGAGCAAGAGCAACACAGGAGCUCUGCCUCCUAUAGAAGGUGUCAUUGUCACACAGAAGCUAAGCCUCAGCGUCAAGGAGGUCAAGGAGAGACAAUGGUAAGCCUUGCCAAGCCUCGUCCAGGAGGUCAAGGAGAGACAACAGUAAGCCUUGCCAAGCCUCGUCCAGGUGCUCAAGGGGAGACAACGGUAAGCCUUGCCAAGCCUCGUCCAGGAGGUCAAGGAGAGACAACGGUAAGCCUUGCCAAGCCUUGUCCAGGAGGUCAAGGAGAGACAAUGGUAAGCCUAGCCAAGCCUUGUCCAGGAGGUCAAGGAGAGACAACGGUAAGCCUUGCCAAGCCUCGUCCAGGAGGUCAAGGGGAGACAAUGGUAAGCUUUGCCAAGCCUUGGCCAGGAGGUCAAGGAGAGACAAUGGUAAGCCUUGCCAAGCCUCGCCCAGGAGGUCAAGGGGAGACAAUGGUAAGCUUUGCCAAGCCUUGUCCAGGAGGUCAAGGAGAGACAAUGGUAAGCCUUGCCAAGCCUCGUCCAGGAGGUCAAGGAGAGACAACGGUAAGCCUUGCCAAGCUUCGUCCAGGAGGUCAAGGAGAGACAAUGGUAAGCCUAGCCAAGCCACGUCCAGGUGGUCAAGGAGAGACAACGGUAAGCCUUGCCAAGCCUCGUCCAGGAGGUCAAGGGGAGACAAUGGUAAGCUUUGCCAAGCCUUGUCCAGGAGGUCAAGGAGAGACAACGGUAAGCCUUGCCAAGCUUCGUCCAGGUGCUCAAGGGGAGACAAUGGUAAGCCUUGCCAAGAAAAGAACUGCUAUCAACAGUAUCACAGACAUGCCUGUCUACCUCUCUGCACUUCAUGCAUAAGAAUUCACCUACAAUUGCAAAUGAACAAAGUUUAUGGAUAUAAUGUGACACAUUUUGCGGAUUUCAAGUACAAAUCAUUUUUUGUACGAAAAUGAAUUGAUAACAUAUUAGAUUUUAUAGCCGAGAAUAUCUGAAGUUUCACAAAAUUGCCAAGAUAGCUUCCUAUUCAUCUGUUGCACAUUUAGAACCAGAUAGGACUUCUCAACACAUACGGAACCAGACAGGACCUACCACUAAACAGGCACUGUGACUGAACCAGACAGGACCUACCGCUAAACAGUUACUGUGACUGAACCAGAAAGGACCUACCACUAAACAGUUACUGAACCAGACAGGCCCUACCACUAAACAGUUACUGUGACUAAACCAGACAGGACCUACCACUAAACAGUUACUGCGACUGAACCAGACAGGACUUACCACUAAACAGUUACUGUGACUGAAC